AUGCCUACACUGUUCAACUGCGGGGCAAAGGAAGCGGAACCAGAGGAAAAGUUUGUCAAUGCUCCUCCACCCAAGCAGGGGCCACUCUUCCUGCGUAUGUGCGUUCUUUGCGGAAAUGACCUUGCAGCAGGUGACGUGACGGGGGCGUCUGACCCUUACGUGAGCAUUCGCUAUGAGGGGCAUUCCUUCUGCUCACCGCCCCAGAUGAACACACUGAACCCCGUGUGGGAGUAUUCAUUUGAAACGGAAAUCAAGGAAAAUGGAACGUUGCACAUCAGCGUCUACGACCAGGACAUGGGGAUGCAGGGGGAUUUCUUGGGGUCAUGUCAAUUGAAGAUAACACGGAACCCUUCAAAACUCAAAAAGGAAACAAUUCCUCUUGUUUCCGUUCCAUCUCCUUUCUUUUCUAAGCCCCCAAACAGUCGCAUAACUGUUUUCUACCAUGUGGUCGAGAGGCUAGAGGACCAGCCCGACUUGGUCGAGCUUGCGAGACGCCUUGGCGAUGAUGCCAGCGAGAAACAGCAACCGCAGAAUAUGACUGUCAGGUGCUGUUGCCUCCAGACGGAUCACACAUCUGUCUCAGAGGAUAAAAUGGCCGCUCUCCGGCUAACCGUUGGCCAGCAGAAAACCAUCAGCCCGCCGGGGGUACCCGACGGCUUGCGUUAUUUGUAUGGACCUCCGGGCGUGCUGCGCAUCGUCGUUGACUGGAUGCUUCGCGAUGCAACCGUGCGUGUGGUUUCUCUCACGACAGCGGAUGAAAUAGAAGGGGCACGCAAGGAAUAUUUGAGUGCCCUCGCCACCACAGACCAAAGUCCCGAUUCCACAUCGAUGGAAAAUGCAGACGCAGGCAAAGGAGAACCGUCCCAAGAGUGUCAAGAGGCGGAAAGCCCGAACGACCGCCACGCCCCCUCCAAAGUGCGUUUCGAAACAAAGGGUAGCGACCCACCCGAGGAAGACAAGAAAACCCAGGAUAAUGAGGACACAUCCACAUCCGCAAUAUGCACGAACCCAGGACGUAAGUGCGCAGGUGUGCAGCUGUCGACACCUGACACGUAUCCUGAACUCAGUCAGCUUUGCGCAAGGCGAGUUGCAAAGCCUCCACCUGCCUGUUGCAGCUUCCACUGCCAACUGUGCCCGCAGGAUCCAAGAGGGGCCGACGUGGUAGCCGAGGAACUUCAACGCAGAAAGGAUUCCGAACCUUUGCCUCGUGGCAAUUACCCCUCGACGAAAUCCGCGAGUUCUGCAGCGAACGCCGGCUCUGUGCUUGGGCGGGUCGAUGUGUCCUCACAAGCAAAACGGGAGUAA